AACUUUUCUUACCCUGGUCAGGAUACUGCAAAGUCUUUAAUCGAAGAUGAUACAUUCUACUCCAUGAACUUACUUAAGAAAGGUGCUUCUCACGGGUAUGCACCCAGAAGUUUGCUUUGUUGUAUAUGCAGUUGCCCUCUCACCAAGACAUUUACUGCUCUUCGUGUACGUGUUUUCAACUGUGGCCACGCAACACAUCUUCAGUGUGAACCAUCAGAGAAUGAGACCUCAUCAUCAUCGUCAUCAGUUCAUGUCUCCUCAUCAGGCUGUCCUGUCUGUAUGACCAAGAAGACCAGCAAAAGUUCUUCUAAAGGUAAAUCGUUCUACCUGGAUUAUGGACUAAUAAGCACAGUUUCGUCAAACGCCGGGUCUGCACAACGUGCUUCGCCUUACUUACACGAGAAUGAAAUGAGCAAUCAUUCUCAUAACCAGCAAAUAUCACGGUUUGAAAUCUUAACCAACCUUCAGAAAGAUCAGAGGUUGGUACAGAUAGAGAGCUUGCCUCGAUUAAGGCUUGCACCUCCGGCUGUGUACCACGAAAAAGUGAGUAGAUUCUCGGGUUUUACACCGGGAGAGAGUAGUAGCGGUAAA